CUUUUAUUACUUCCACAAUACCACCACCUUACCAAGACACUGCAUGUCCCAGAAACCAUGUUUGCUGGUAUGUGUGGCACUAUGGCAGAUAAGACUCUCUCAUUGGUGUUCAUCUCUCCAGAGAUGAGAAGUUUUAUGGAAUCCCGCUCGACAGUUUUUUCUGAUGGAACGGAGAGAAAAUUAUUCCGGAAGCCUAAAGCUUCCCAAAUUUUCACAGUGUCAGCUGUGUGGAGGCACCAUGUUUUGCCAAUGAUGCGAGCUAUAAUGCUCAGUCGGAGUCAGGCGGCUUACGUUACACUGUUCUCUUUCCUGAAAAAUCUAAUGCCUAACUUCAAGCCGAAGUCAGUAAAGUGUGACUUUGAAGAUGCACAGUGUAAUGCAUGGGAAAUAGUUUUCAGCCCUUUGACAAUUGAAGGAUGUCUUUGGCAUUUUGAUGUGGCAAUAUUCCGAAUGGCCCGGAACAAACUUGGUCUGUAUCAGGUAGUUAAAGAUGAGGAAGAAGUUGCCUCAAUCAUCAGAUCAGCUGGAGCCCUGCCCCUUUUAUCAACUGAAGAUAUCGAAGGUGGACUUAUAGAUCUAGGGGAAGAAGCCAAGGAGAAAGGAUGGAUGCCCUUGCUGAAACCAUUCUUUAAGUACAUGGCAAAGGAAUGGUUGCCAAAGGUGCAUAUUCUAAGUGUGAAGGACUCAGUUCACCGCACUAACAAUGCUUCAGAAUCAAGCAACAGAUCAUUCAACAGAAAGCUAAGAGCAGCAAAGCCAA